AUGGCAUCCGACCUCAGCGAUGCCAUGCAAAGGCUGCAACUACACGACAAAGCCACAUUCGACGUAAUCGACGACAUUCUCGACGAGAAGGUCGACCGCGCCCCACGUCAACAUGACCCAGCCAGGCUACGAGCCGAACUCGAAGCGAAAUACCUCUCUCCAUCCACAACCUUCUCGACCGAGUGGCUGAACAGGCUGCAGCAACGCUGGGACACGCCCACCGACUACUCCCUCCUCUUCCGCAUCGCACCCACCCAGUCGCGCACCGUCACCCGCUUCAUCCGCCAUGGCCUGGAGGGCCGUGUCACGGGCUACCGCAAUGUCACUGUCCCCGCGUCCCAUGCCACGGCCAAGACUAGCACCUCGAUGCACCGAAAGCCAGCCAGCCGGGCAGAUUUCGUUCGUGGCGCGGCAGGCUUCUUUCCCUUCGCUCCGGGCGGCUUGGAGGGGAUUGAGUCGACGGCUGCGCUGGAGGAUCAGCUGCGAACGUCGAGUACCGCCGAAGACGGGGAUAGCAGGAAGAAGUUGGAGAGAGUCAUAAAACUUGGCGAGGGUGGGCUGUUGGAGGUUGCGCCCGGACUUUCCCGGGGUAUCGAUUUUAGCAGGAGGAAAAAGCAGGCCGACGCUGAGAGCGAGAGGCAGGCAAAGGAAGUGGAGGACGUGCUGGACCAAGAGCCCGAAGGUGCGCCUAGUGCUGAGGUGGAGGAUGGGGAGAAGCCGCCUGUCAAUGACGAUAGCACUGAGCAGGAUGAAGAAGAGGAGGGCGAUGUGGAAGAUAUCGACUCCAUGCUGCCGGUCGAGUUCCCUGCGCUGGAGCCGCGUGGCACGCUUGCAGCGUCCAGCGCUAGAAAAGCUGGCCGCGAAUGGGCGCACAUGGUCGACAUCAAGCGGGAGAUGCCCAACUUCCGGGAGCUGGUCCCGGAUAUGGCCAGAGAAUGGCCGUUCGAGCUGGAUACGUUUCAGAAGGAGGCUAUCUACCACCUCGAGAAUGGCGAUUCGGUCUUCGUUGCGGCACAUACCUCGGCUGGCAAGACUGUCGUUGCAGAAUAUGCAAUCGCCCUGGCUGCGAAACACAUGACGAAAGCGAUCUACACCUCUCCUAUCAAGGCACUAAGCAACCAAAAGUUCCGCGAUUUCAGGCAGACAUUCGAUGAAGUCGGCAUCUUGACGGGCGAUGUGCAGAUCAACCCAGAGGCUAGCUGCCUCAUCAUGACGACCGAGAUUCUACGGAGUAUGCUCUACCGUGGCGCCGAUCUGAUUCGCGACGUUGAGUUCGUCAUCUUCGACGAGGUCCAUUACGUGAACGAUUUUGAACGCGGCGUCGUGUGGGAAGAAGUUAUUAUCAUGCUGCCGGAGCACGUCUCACUUAUCCUCCUUUCCGCCACGGUUCCGAAUACCUACGAGUUUGCCUCUUGGGUGGGCCGGACGAAGCAAAAGGACAUCUAUGUGAUAUCGACGCCGAAGAGACCCGUACCUCUGGAACACUAUCUCUGGGGGAACAAAAACAUUUUCAAGAUUGUCGAUUCAGAGAAGCGAUUUCUCGAGAAGGGCUGGAAGGAUGCCAAUGCUGCGAUACAAGGCAAGGACAAGCCGAAAGCGAUCGCACCAGCCCCGCCACCGUCGAGAGGGGGCGGCAACCAGAGAGGCGGAGCCCGGGGCGGAGCGCAGAGGGGUGCUAAUCAGCAACGUGGUGGUGGCAGAGGGGGUGGCCAGCAGAGGGGCAGGGGCGGGCCGCCCCGUGCAAGCCAUGCCCCAGGCCACAUGGGUCGGACAGGAAGACCUGGAGGCUUCACUUCGGCAAACCAGGACAAGAACCUCUGGGUUCACCUGGUGCAGUUUUUGAAGAAGCAGAACCUGUUGCCUGCCUGCAUCUUCGUCUUCUCCAAAAAGAGGUGCGAGGAAAAUGCAGAUGCGCUGAGCAACCAGGACUUUUGCACGGCUCAGGAGAAGAGUGCUAUUCACAUGAUUAUCGAAAAGUCGAUUGCGCGAUUGAAGCCCGAAGACCGUGUUCUGCCUCAGAUUAUCAGGCUGAGGGAGUUGCUGUCUCGUGGUAUCGCUGUCCAUCAUGGUGGGCUGCUGCCCAUUGUGAAAGAGCUCGUCGAGAUCCUGUUUGCGCAGACGCUCGUCAAAGUUCUCUUUGCCACCGAGACCUUUGCGAUGGGGCUGAACCUCCCAACCAGGACUGUGGUCUUCUCUGGGUAUCGGAAACACGACGGCCACCAGUUCCGGAACCUUCUUCCUGGGGAGUACACCCAAAUGGCUGGCAGAGCUGGGAGGCGCGGCCUGGACACCGUCGGCUCGGUCAUCAUCGUUCCACCAGGCGGGGACGAGGCUCCUCCUGUUACCGACCUCCGGCAGAUGAUACUCGGCGAGCCUAGCAAGCUCCGGUCGCAGUUCCGUCUGACGUACAACAUGAUCCUGAACCUUCUCCGUGUUGAGGCUCUGAAAAUCGAGGAAAUGAUUAAGCGCAGUUUCUCAGAACACGCCACCCAGCAACUCUUGCCUGAGCACGAGAAGGCAGUCAAGCUCGGUGAAGCGGACUUGGCAAAGGUCAAGCGGGACCCAUGCCCGGUCUGCGACGUCCAUAUGGACGAGUGCCACCAAGCCGGCGAGGAUUUCAAGCAGUUGACCGAGGAGCUGUACCGCGGACUGCUGGUCAACCCCGUCGGCCGCAAGAUGUUCUCCCCUGGGCGGCUCAUUGUUUGGAUGAAGGAAGGCGUGCGCACGCCUGGUAUCCUUCUUGCCGAGGGAGCGAGCGUCAAGAGCAGCGCGGCAAACCCCACGCUGCAUGUGCUCGAGAUCAAGACCAACCGAGAAAUCCGCAACGACACUGACCUGCUCCCGUUCGUCCCCGCAUUCCGGAAGUACCUCACGCCGUUGCCCCAGUCCAAGCGACACAUUAACACCAAAACCUUGCACGUCCCCAUCAGCGACUUGGUAUGCCUCACCAAGACUAUCACCAAGGGUGUCCUGCCCGCCAUCUUUGGCGGCGAAGAUUACCCCAAGGCCAAAGACAAACUGCACCAGAUCUGCAAGACCUGGACGGCCGACAUCUGGGACGAAAUGGACCUGGGGCGGAUCAAGAGCCUGCAGAUCCACGACCUCAUCAGCAAACGCCGCGAGGCUGAGAUCAAGACAAUCCACUCCCCCGCGGCCGAGUGCAAGCACUUCCUGAAGCACUACGCCAUGUGCCACGACCAGUGGCUCGUCAAAACCCACAUCGCCCAGCUUCGUCAAGCCCUUUCCGACCAAAACCUACAACUCCUCCCCGACUACGAACAGCGCAUCCAAGUCCUCAAAGACCUCUCCUUCAUCGACGACGCCAGCCGCAUCCAGCUCAAAGGCAAAGUCGCCUGCGAGAUCCACUCGGGCGACGAGCUGGUCCUGACCGAGUUGAUCCUCGAAAACGUCCUAGCCGAGUACGAGCCCGCUGAAAUCGCCGCUUUACUCUCGGCCUUUGUAUUCCAGGAAAAAACCGACUCCGUCCCAAAACUCACCAGCAAUUUAGAACGCGGCAUGAAGACUAUCGUUGAGAUAUCAGAAAAGGUCAAUGCAGUCCAGACGCUGCACCAGGUCAUCCAAUCUUCCGAAGAGAGCAACGAUUUUGUUACUAAACCCCGGUUUGGUUUGAUGGAGGUUGUUUAUGAAUGGGCGAGGGGCAUGAGUUUUAAGAAUAUUACUAACUUGACGGAUGUGCUUGAGGGGACUAUUGUGCGGACUAUUACCCGGCUGGACGAGACCUGUCGCGAGGUGAAGAAUGCGGCGAGGAUUAUUGGGGAUCCGGAUCUGUACCAGAAGAUGGCGGCUGCGCAGGAGAUGAUAAGGAGGGAUAUCACCGCUGUGGCGAGUCUGUAUAUGUAG